AUGACCGACCUCAUCCUUUUACCUUCAACUACUUACACGCCCCAACCCCCGCAGGGCCGGAGGGGGGUACAUUCCCUUAAUACUAUAAUUGAAGAAGGCCCCGAAGACUCACGGAUGGCCCAUCCCUCUGUCAACCGGAGGAGGAACAGGAAGUCGGUCAAGAUCAACCAAUGGCUCUCACCCCUGAGCGAUCAUUUCCCCACGCCACGAGGCUUCCACUUUCUCCCCGCCCCGAUCGUGCCCUCGACUCCGUCGGCAGUCUCUGACGACUGCGACGCCGAGGAGACCAGCUCUGAAACCUCGUCGUCUAUUCCCUCCUCGCGCAUGUCUAACCAACAGGAGAGCAUCGUGACCGAUGCUACUGAUUUCGACGACUUGUCCGACUUUGAGGAUGAUGACAGGGUUCGGAAGGAGCAGUUGCGAGCGAAUGGUAUUGCUCGGCAGCAUGGGUCUAGGAGCUCCCGGAACUCGCGAACCUCCCAGCGAGUUUCUAAGGCCUCUAUCGAGCCACGAAAAGGUUUGACGCCGCUGGUCAUCCCAGCCAAGCGCGACUCCACAACCGAGACCUGGUCUGGGGACCCAUCCCUGAGGAAGAAGAUCGCAUCACCAGUAGCACCGACACCAUCUUCCAAGGUCGAGCUGCCGCCCGUCCAGCUGGCAUUCAUGCAGGCGCAGCAAGCAUCCGAAGUCCCCACAGUCUCCGCACCUCCGUCUCUCGAUGGGAGUCUCAACUCUGAAGAGCUGGCAGCCAUUUCUGCCCCGCCGACUCCGAUAAUAAGGGGCAACGAUGACGACGCUGAAGGCUGGGCUGGAGUGCAGCUCCAGCCUGGCGCACUCGCCACUCUCCAGGCGCUCUCUAGAGGAGACGAAGUCUUGGACGAGGAGGAGAAUCAGGUCAUUGAAGUGCCCCAGGAAGAGAUGUCGGAGAUGCGCCAACAACCAGCGCGCCUGAUCACCAACGUCCGCCCAACUUCCAUGGCGCUGGUCACGGUUCAGCAACGAUCCCUGGCUGGAUUGACAAAACUCGAGAUCCCGUCCCCGGGUGGUUUCUUCUCUGAGCUCUCCUCUGCUAGCCGCAACACCUGGCAUGUCCCCGCCAUGGCCGGGGACGACGUUAGCCCGCCCACCUCAACAACCGCUGAACAGUUCUACAAGACCCCUUGGAACAAGACCGACCCAUUACCGCCGCCACCACCCCGGUCGCUCCAUAUGGAGCACAACAGCCAUACCUCCACUAUCGUUGAGCAGGUUGUCGAGAUGCCAGAAGGUCCAUCCGAAGACCUGCCGACUGCCUUUCGCGUCCAGCCAACCCCUGAGCCGAUCACCGCCCGGAAAGUCCCUCCUGCUUUCCCACCAAACUCCGCAAGAGCCUUUCCGGCCCGGCCUUACGAGCCUGAAACCCCUGGGCAACCGUCUUCUCCCGUAGAUGCCACUGAGAUCGUCAUUGACCAUGACCCUGAAUAUGCUCGCCAGCAACGGGACAUGACCCUCUCCCAUCUCGAUCGGACAGAGCUGUGGCUAAUGGCCCAAAGAGCCUACCUCAACGGCGUCAUCUGGCCCCGAGAGGAGCACGAGAAAGAAGAUGCCAAAGAUGGCCUUGAGGAGGUACCGGCAGUACCCCUAAAGGACGUUGAAGUUAAGGAACCCGAGCCCGAGACGUCCACUGCCCAGAAGAAGAAGACUGUCCGGUUUUCCGAAGCCAUCCAGAGCACCGGCAACCCCAAGCAGCUGCCCUCCAAGCUCGCCCGCCAGGAAUCCGCCUACUACCGGUCCUUCAUGGACUUCAUCAUCCGCAGCCGGCCGCAGGACGCCUUCGUCCACCGGCUCCCGCGCUUCGAGGCUCUGCAGGCCCAGCGCGUCUCCCUGGGCGAGGCGCACCGCAACCAGCUCCUGGGCAAGCACCAGCUGUCGGCCGUCCCCGAGUCUGCCAAGAAGCGCAUGUCGGCCAACGUUGCUCGCGGCGACGACGUGCUGGUCGACGACCCGGAGAAGCUGCGCGCCGACAAGGAGCGCGAGGCCCUCGGCCAGAUGGCCAUGGCCACCUGGCACGUCGCCGCCAUGAAGCUCCUCAACGGCGGCCAGCUCGUCUCGGCGCCCGUCGCCAAGCACCUGGCGAGGUUGGCGAGGCAGUCGUCGCACACGCCAGCCGGGCCGCGCGACCGCGCCCGCAUCCUCGACCUCGGCGGGCAGGGCGCCUGCGACUGGGCGUGGCACGCGGCGCUCAAGUACCCCAACGCCAAGGUGUACACGGUGACGACCAAGGCGAUCCGGCAGCUCAGCAACAGCAACAUCCGCGGCCCGCCUAACCACCGCCAGGUGGCCGUCGAGAGGCUGACCCGGCUGCCCUUCGCCGACGGCCAUUUCGAGGUCGUGUCGGCGCGCGAGCUGCACUCGAUCCUCAAGUUCGCCGGCGAGAACGGCGAGGACGAGUGGGAGGCCUGUCUGGCCGAGUGCGAGCGCGUGCUCAAGCCGGGCGGCUAUCUCGACUUCAGCGUGCUGGACAGCGACAUCAUCAACGCGGGGCCGCGCGGCUUGGCCCGCAGCGUCGAGUUCGGCUUCGCCCUCAAGACCCUCGGCUACGACCCCACCCCGAGCCGCCUCUUCCUCGGCCGCCUCAGCCGCGCCGGCUUCGAGAGCGUUCGCCGAGCCUGGGUCUGCCUCCCCGUGGGUCCCAAGCCCACCCCGGCCCCGUCCUCGUCUGGUGCGCCGCCCUCCCCGCGAGACCCCAAGACGGGCCUCCCGGUCCGCACGCUGCACCUCGAGGCCAUGGUGAGCGGCAGCGGCGACGGCGCCGCCGCGGCGACGGGCCUCGCGGCCAGCUGGGCGUGGGAGCGCUGGCUCCUCCGCGCGGGCGCCGAGAGGGCCGCCGGUGAGCUGCGCCUCGCCGGCGAGUCCGUGGGCGACGGCGAGAUGGGCAGUGGGGGUCUCAUCGCCGCGGACGCCGUGCACGGCGUCAUUGAGGAGGGGCGCCGCGUCGGCGCCGCGUUCAGGAUGCUCAGGGGCUACGCGCGCAAGCAGAGGGCCGGGCCGGAGGGGAUGGGGGUGAUCAGCAUGAUGCUGGAUGCGGAGAUUUGA